AGAGAGAGAGAGUGAGAGAAAAAAAAAAAGGUGGAGGAGACGGAGGUCUAUCCGGGAUUUCUCCCUUUGUUUUGUGGAUGAACGCUGUGAAAACGCGAUGUGGACCAUAUUAGGACGAAUAAUAUUUUUCCACUUGCUCACCGCGCAGCCUUAUUUCGGAAAAGGGUCCGAAACGGAGUGCGAGGACGGACAGUUUCAGUGCAAGAACAAGAGGUGCAUCCCGACUAUAUGGAGAUGCGACGACGACGACGACUGCUCCGACAACAGCGACGAGGAAGACUGUCUGAAAAGCACAUGUGACCCGGCGGAGUUUGCAUGUCAGAACGGACAGUGUGUGUCCAGCCGCUGGCUCUGCGACGGAGAACCCGAGUGUUCAGACGGAUCAGACGAGGCCGAGUCCACCUGCACAGUGAAACAGACGUGUCCUCCAGAUAAGUUUGACUGCAGAGGGACGUGUGUGUCUCCAGGGUGGAGGUGUGACGGAGAGAGAGACUGUGAAAGUGGAGCGGAUGAAGAAGACUGCGCCGCCGACGCUCGCUCGUGCGCUACCGGAGAGUUCCAGUGCCGUAACCUGAAGUGCAUGUCUCCGGCGUACGUGUGUGAUGGCGAUGACGAUUGCGGUGACGGCACCGAUGAGGAGCAGUGUUCCCCGCCAUCGUGCGGCCCGCUUCAGUUCCGCUGUAACAGCUCUGAGUGCGUUCCGCAGCCUUGGACCUGCGACAGAGACCCAGACUGCUUUGAUGGAUCGGAUGAAUGGGAGGGGCUGUGCGGCGACGGAGCCGGGCGAACGCUACCGCCGACGAGUCUCAAGCUCGAGUGUGGCACCGGAAUGUUCCGCUGUGGGAGCGGAGAGUGCAUCAAGCUAGCAUGGAGGUGCGAUAAAGAUCCGGACUGCAUGGACAGAUCGGACGAGUCCGACUGCCCUCUCCUGACGUGCCGGCCUGAUGAGUUCCAGUGUGGAGACGGCUCCUGCAUCCACGGCAUCAAGCAGUGCAAUAAAGCCUUCGACUGUCUCGACCGGAGUGAUGAGGCUGGCUGUGUUAAUGCCACAAAGUGUGAAGGACCUUUGAAGUUCCUCUGUAGAAACGGAGAGUGUAUCGACGGAGCAAAGGUGUGUGAUGAUGUGAAGGACUGCAAGGACCGAUCGGACGAGCCCAAGAGGGAAUGCGGUUUAAACGAAUGCACGAUGAACAACGGAGGCUGUUCUCAUAUCUGUGUGGAUCGACCCAUCGGCUACGAGUGUCAGUGUCCUGCCGGAUACAAACUCCUGGAUAAAAGAACAUGUGGAGACAUCGAUGAGUGUGAGAACCCGGACGCCUGCAGUCAGAUCUGCAUCAACCUCAAAGGAGACUUCAAGUGUGAGUGUCACUUGGGCUACGAGACGGACCCUGUGAGCAGAACCUGCAAAGCCGAGGGAAAAAGUCCCUACCUGAUGUUCACUAACCGCCACGAGAUCCGGCGCAUCGACCUGGUGAAGCGGGACUACACGCAGGUUGUUCCCACUCAGAAAAACGCCGUGGCCAUUGACGUGGAUGUCGCUGCCAACCGCAUGUUCUGGAGCGACGGCUUCCAGCGCAAGAUCUACAGUGCCUACAUUCAUGAGGCGAGUGACCCGGCCCAUCACAUGACCCUGAUCGACUCGGAGCUGCUCUCCCCAGAGGGUCUGGCUUUAGACUGGGUCCAGCACAACCUCUACUGGACCGACUCUGGUCACGGCACCAUCUCGGUGGCUUCGUCUGACGGCAGCAGGAGGCGCGUCCUGAUCCACACCGAUCUGACUGAACCAAGGGCCAUCGCCGUGGCUCCAGAGCAAGGAUUCAUGUUCUGGUCUGAUUGGGGAUCGAGGCCCAAGAUAGAGAAGGCGGGGAUGAAUGGAGUGGACCGACAGGUCUUGGUGUCCGAGGGCAUCGAGUGGCCCAACGGCAUCACGCUGGAUGUGGUUGGGAAACGAUUGUACUGGGUGGACUCAAAGCUACGUUUGAUCUCCAGCGUGGACUUUAACGGAGCUCAGCGCAGAGUGAUCCUGUCCUCCAGCGAGAGACUCAGCCAUCCCUACACCCUCGCCGUCUUCGAGGAUCGUGUGUACUGGACGGACCGUGAGAAGGGGGCCGUGUACAGUGCGAACAGGCUCACUGGGCAGGAUGUAACCAGCCUCGCUGAACGGCUCAAAGAUCCGCACGAUAUAGUGGUGUUCCACCAGCUGAGUCAGCCCCAAGCCGCAGAUAGCUGUAACCUGGCUGGCGUGAGUAAUGGUGGCUGUGCCUUCCUGUGCCUGCGCGCUCCUCAGAUCAGCGAUCACUCACCCAAAUACACAUGCGCCUGUCCCAACGGCGAAGAGCUGAGUCCGGACACGCGAGUGUGUGUCCCCAUUCAAAACGUCACAGUCGCGCCAACGUUCGCCAGCUUUCCUCCAAACAGCACCGUGGAGUCAGAGUCUGUGACGAAGGCAGGAGUGGACAUGGUGACCUCAGAAGUCUUGUUGAGUUCAGAGAUCGUGACCUUUCAGGAGAAGAUGGUUCCAUCAGAGCCCAUGCUGAACAUCACAGCAGAGUCCAGUCCGAUCCCAACUGUGCUGCUGAGCACGUCUAUAGGCGAGACCAACAACCUGUCCCAUCACUCUGGAAACGGGGUGUUUCUCCUUGGACACAGUGUGCCCGUGGCUGUGCUCGGAGUUGGAAUUCCCAUUGUGGCGUUCGUGCUGAUUCUCUCCGCUUCCUGUCUGAUUUAUCGUAACUGGAGACUCAGGAGCACCAAGAGCAUGAACUUUGAUAACCCAGUGUACCGGAAGAGCACCGGCGAAACCGAGGAGGACGAGAUCCACAUCGGGAGGAGCGAGGGGCUCGCCACGCACCACCCACCAUACCCAGUGCCUGUGGUCGGCACGGCGACGUGUCCACCGUUCAUCGCCCUGCCUCUGGGUGGUGCCGUCACGGAUCCAGUCCCGCACUGGUACACGGAGCCGCCCACCAUCACCAGCGCCAAGUGAAAGGCGGCAAGGACUCGAUGUUUAAAGUGCGUGACGAGACACCAAGCUGUGGCCGAGUGUCGAAAGUUUGUACACCCCCUAGAUCAUACGUAGCAGGGGCGUGUACAUCUCGAACGAUCCGAUGCGUGAAUGAUGAAUUUCAAAGGAAGCAGUAAUGUAAAGAUGCAAUUAGACGCAGUGCUGUAGAGAUGCAGAAACCCCGCCUCCUUUACUCAGGAAGGAGAGAGAGAGACAGAGAAAGUGCUAAGGCAAAUAAAUAAUUAAAUUAGCUGAGCACAGAGGCGGUUCACUGUCACUGAUGCACAGAAAAUAUCAGUGUUUCAUGUUUAGGACUUUAACACCGUAUUAUUUUGAGUUUUAAGAAUAUUUAUGCAACAUACCGCUAUUGUACAUCCAAUAUUCCUAAAACAAAAAAGUGCACGUUUUGCAGAUAGCGAGAACACUGAGGUCGUGUCCCAGACACUUCCUGAAAGCGCAGUGAUUUAAAAUCUUUUAUAUAAUCGUACUUUAGUUUCUCUGUGAUAAAAGAUAACUAUGUAUAAAAACAUCAAUUCACUCGCUGUCCGUCGUGUACAUGUUGUUUCUCGCUGAGACAGAACAGACAGGUGUUCGUGUUUAUGGAGACAGCGAGUCAAUAGUUAUACUUCCGUACAGGAUUUUGCUGUUUUUUUGUGAUUGUUGCGGCCAAAAUCACUUGAUUUUGCUGCAGCUUUUUGAAAACGUUGCUGCUUUUUUUUUUGCAAUAAACUACCUGAAUCGGCAAAAUUGCAAUCGCACAAAAUAGUUCUGCGCGCUCUUUCGCAGAGAUGCUUGUUGGUAAAUGAGAGUUUUAGCUGUGCUCUUGUUCGACGCACAUGAAUCAAAGAGGGCGUCGGCUGAAUGCACGUCGCGAUGACGUCACAGAAUUCGUCUGUUCUGUUUUUAUCAUCGCAAUACGUUGUAAAGGGAAAAAAAGACAGGAAGUUUUAUGAUAAACAUGAAAGUCUUCAUGGAAACGUGCCAAAUGUUACUUUUUUAUAAUAAUAAUAAUAAUAAUAAUAAUAAUAAUAAUAAAUAAUAAUAAAACCCUAUGCAACAGCAGGCUGCUGCAGGAAGUAGUCAUUACAUAAAGUUUUUUUUUUUUUUAAAUCACAAAACGUCUGGUUAAAGAAAAAAGGAAAUUUCGCAAACAUUUCCGAGCACGUUUUCAUUUUAUCACAUUAUGUGUGUAAUUACGUUUUGUACUUUAUUAUUUUAUUUAUUUAUUUAUUUAGUUUUGAGCCUUAGUGACUCAGAUUUCAGCAGCAACAACAAUAAGGCAGUUAUUUCUGACCUCAGCAACCAUCGAUGCUCAAACUGUGAGUUUUGACAACACUAGUACACACUGCUACACAGAGAGCCACACCCUUUGCCUCUGAUACUCACUAAGGCUUCUUCAGCUUUACUGGAUGGAACAGUCCAUUAUGGUAAUCAGAUGGCGGGGGUAUAGAACCCUCACCCUAAAGACAAUUAGUUCAGCCUGAGGUCGCAUUUUGGACAUUCGAAUUUAUCAAUGUCGAAGUGAAUUCUCUCUCUCACUCUCGCUCUGUUAUUGUCUCACUCAUUUCUCCUUUCUUCCAGACUGCAGUAAAGGAGGGAAAAUCAGCGCUGCAUCAACUGCUACGUUAGCAUUGUAAUAAAAUGAAGCUAAGAAGUUGUUUAUUAGUCAGUGGAACACUCCGUGUGUUGUGUUGGUGAAACCUGCUUACAGGAAACAGGAAGUACACAAGGUUCUUUACCUCACGUGUGGACUGGAGUGUGCAGUAUUGUCUCAGGGAGUUACACAAUCUGAAUUUAGAACUUUGGGGAUAAAACAAUAGUUUUUUUUUUUUUUCUCUCCAUCAAAUAUUCACAACAUGGAUGGGUGUGUGUGUGUGUGUGUGUGUGUGAAAGAGAGAGAGUGUGUGCGCCUGUUUGUGUGAAAGCUGAACUUACUGUAAAAGUUUUCAUACAAAUAAUUUUGAUACGAUUGUGUAAAAAAGUAAAUGUACAUAAGAUUUUAGAUGACGUUGGCCAUUUAAUUUAUUUGUAUAAAAACAAUGAGGUCUUUCUUAAAUAUAAAGUAUGUUCCAAAGGUUUUGUCUUCUUAUUGAUGUUUGUUGUUGUUUUGUGUCUUCUUUUUUCCCCCUUUCUUACUAAUGCAUUUAUUCACUUAUUUUGUGCAGCAGCUUUAUUUUAAUGAACAUUCUUGUUUUAGUGCCUUACUUCAGUACGUUUCUCCUUUUAUUUUAUUUGAAUCUCAGUGCAUUUCCUCUUUAAGCUUCUCUUUAAUCUCUCUCUCUGUGGAUUG